UGAACUACAGAACCUUCAGGCUCAGCAUCGGGACCAGCACCAGCGGUAGCCCAACUCCAGAACCCACAACCACCACUAACACUAGCUCAAAGAUUACCAGUUCAAGAAUUUGGACCAACUCUUCCAGCUCAAGCAGCAAAACUCCAGCAACCACAACUCCAGCAACCACAACCUCCAUAAGUUCCAGUUCAAGGACCACCAGUAUCAGCAUCAGUCCUGAGACAAAGUCUGCCCAAAAGCUAGAACCCAGCACAACAACUACCAGACCUGGCCUAAAGCUUAAACCUGAACGUAAGCCUAAACCUGGCACAAAGCCCAAACCAGACCCAAUACCUAUUCCACACCAAACACCUAAACCUGGACCAAGACCAAAGCCUGUGCUGAAGCCCAGACCUGCUCCAAAGCCUUGGCCCAAAACCACCACCCAAGGUCCAAGGACCACUUCCUCCACACCUAGCCCCAAGACAUCCAAUAGCCAAAGGACUAUGACUGACCCCAGCCCACAAACGGCCACAAGCCCUGGCUCAAGAACUACAAGACCUAACCAACAAACUACCCUCAGCUCUAGCGCAAAAAUCAUCUCUAGAACUAGCCUGAAAACAUCCACUAGCCCUGUCACAAUGACCACUACUAUCGCCAGUCUAAAAAAGACCAGCUCAAGGCAACAAUUUAGCACAAGGCCUAGCCCCAAAACUAGCACUACUAGUCCCAUUCCAUUGGCCAACUCUAACCAUAGCCCUACUACCACCAGCCCUGACACCCCUACUCCCAGCCCCAACUCCCCUACCCCCAGCCCCAUACCGGAGUCUUCCACCACCAGUGCGAGAGAACUGCGUGUGAAGACCAGCCAGGUAUCUGCUAGUCUGAAUGACACAAAGGAUACAAGCGGAGGGCCAAAGGUUUCUCGAGGAGGGCAUCCAAAGGUCCGUCCUGGGUUAAACCUGCUCACAGAAAAGGAGCAGGUAGGCAGCAAGACUAACAGGACGGAGAACCAGCCUCAAAGCCCUGCACAGAUUUCACCAGGAGUUACCAUGGCACCCAGAGACUGCUCUGACCACAUGGCCAGGGGGGAUAGGAAUAGCAGAGUCUACCAAGUGACCCCUGACCCUAAGAACAGAACCAUUGCAGUGUUCUGUGACAUGGAGUCUCAUGGCGGAGGGUGGACCGUCAUUCAGCUCCGUCAGGAUGGCAGUGUGGACUUCAACCGGACCUGGGCUGAAUACCGGACAGGCUUUGGUGACCUGAUGGUUGGGGAGUUCUGGCUGGGCAACGACCACAUCCACCUGCUGACACGAAACAGGGUGAUGGUCCUUAGGGUGGAGCUGGAGGACUUUAACGGCAUGAUGGAGUACGCAGAGUACAGGCUCUUCCGUGUGGCUGGCGAGCGGCUACGCUACCGCCUGUCUGUGGGUGGGUACUCGGGCACGGCAGGAGAUGCACUUCAAUUUAGCAAGAGUUACGACCACAACAACAGGUUCUUUACGACUCCUGACAGGGACUAUGACCGCUACCCUUCAGGGAACUGUGGGGCCUACUACAGCUCAGGCUGGUGGUUUGACGCCUGCAUGGCUUCCAACCUCAACGGGAGAUAUUAUGUGGGAAAAUACAAAGGGGUGCGGAACGGAAUCUACUGGGGGACGUGGCAUAACAUAUCCACAGAGUACUACCCGACUAAUGACAGACAAUCUUUCAAGACUGUCAGAAUGAUGAUCAGGCCAAGGGGCUAUGCAAAGUGAUCUACGGCUGGCUCCUCGGUUGGCGUUCUCAGCUGUUGCAAUUCUCAAAUAGGGGGGCCGGGGACCCCUAUGAGGCCUCCGAGAUUUUCAAUGGGUCCAUGACAAAAGCAGGAAAAAGCAGAACAAAAAAUUAAAAAUACGAUUUUUUUAGGGAGGAGCACUGUUUGAUACGCAAAUGGAAACAUUCAGAUUGUACUGCUGAUUCAUAUUUUGGGGGUUUAUAAUGCCUUUUGUUUAACAAGCAAUUUUAAUAUAUUCCAUCAUUUCAUUUAAUCUUUCAAAUAUUAAAUCUCUGAUUCAGGCGGGUCAACAACACCUAAAUCUUCUUAAUUUCUUGAUAAAUAUUAGUGGGCCUCGGAAAAGCCUGCUCUGUUGGUAAAAUACUGCCACUUAGUGGUCUGAAACGAAACAACAUGGUUUAUGGUUUCAAAUGGAACACUCAAACUGUGGAAAAGAUGUUCAGAGUUCCUGAAGUAAUUUAUAAGAUGUCUUCUUGUUAUCUAUGUAAGGUUACAGUGUGAAAGUAUUGUUGGAGAACGGUUUCAUAGAAGUCUUUCUCCUGUGACGAGAAAGAGAAAUACUCCUUGAGGAGGGUAAUGAAAUUGUACUGAAAUUGUACUGGAAUGAUUGACUGACGAUUGAUUGUUGUAAUGUUUUUUUAUUCUCAGUAUUUUUUACGGGAAAAAUUAAAUGAGGUCAAUAAAACAUA